UGUGAGGCGGCGCGCGGCGCGGGUAUCGCGAUAGUCGCGCGGCCCGGACGCUCCGCUGCCCGUGGGCGCUGCGCAGGUGUGGGCCCGCCGGACGGCUCGGCUGCGAGGGAGGAGGCGCGUCCUGCCCGGCGCGAGCGGCUGCCGGGGCACGGCCAGGGGUGCGCGAGAGGCUCGCGGAUUUAAAUUAAAUCAAAGAUGGACUGGACUGGAAAACACAAUGGGCCCAAUGAUACAACCAAUGAUGGAACAGUGGUACGACUCCGAGGCCUGCCAUUUGGUUGCAGCAAAGAAGAGAUUGUUCAGUUUUUCCAAGGGUUGGAAAUCGUGCCAAAUGGGAUAACAUUGACGCUGGACUACCAGGGGAGAAGCACAGGGGAGGCCUUCGUGCAGUUUGCUUCAAAGGAGAUAGCAGAAAAUGCUCUGGGGAAACACAAGGAAAGAAUAGGGCACAGAUACAUUGAAAUCUUCAAAAGUAGUAAGAGCGAAAUCAGAGGAUUCUCUGACAUGCCAAGAAGAAUGAUGGGACAACAGCGACCCGGACCAUAUGAUAGACCAUUAGGAGGAAGAGGGGGUUAUUAUGGAGCUGGGCGUGGAAGUAUGUAUGACAGAAUGCGUCGAGGAGGUGGUGGAUAUGACGGUGGAUAUGGUGGCUUUGAUGAUUAUGGUGGCUAUAAUAACUAUGGCUACGGAAACGACGGCUAUGACGACAGAAUGAGGGAUGGGAGAGGCAUGGGAGGACAUGGCUAUGGAGCUGGAGAUGCAGGGUCAGGGUUCCAUGGUGGCGGUCAUUUUGUUCACAUGAGAGGGCUGCCUUUCCGAGCCACGGAAAACGAUAUUGCUAACUUUUUCUCACCAUUGAACCCUAUAAGAGUUCACAUUGAUAUUGGAGCAGAUGGAAGAGCUACAGGAGAGGCAGAUGUGGAGUUUGUAACACAUGAGGAUGCAGUAGCUGCCAUGUCCAAGGAUAAGAAUCACAUGCAGCAUCGAUAUAUUGAACUAUUCCUGAAUUCCACUGCUGGAGGUGGCUCUGGAAUGGGAGGCUAUGGCAGAGAUGGAAUGGAUCAAGGUUACGGCUCUGUUGGGAGGAUGGGAAUGGGUAGCAAUUACAGCGGCGGAUACGGAACUCCCGACGGCUUGGGCGGAUACAGUCGUGGCAGUGGAAAUAGUGGAGGAUACUAUGGGCAAGGCAGUAUGGGUGGAGGAGGAUGGCGUGGGAUGUAUUGAAGGAUAGCCUUGUUUCUGCAAAACACCUUGGAAGAAGCAGUCUCUGGUCUACUAGACUUUCUUACAAAAUUUAAUUUCUUUUGUAUUUUAAGAACUUUAUAAUGACUGAAGGAAUGUGUUUUCACAAUAUUAUUUGGUAAGCAACAGAUUGUGAUGGGAAAAUCUGUUUUCUGUAGGUUUUAUUUGUUGCAUACUCUGACUUUAAAUAAAUUUUUAUAUUCAAA